AUGGCCAAUUUAACUGCGGAGGGUGUUAAAGCUGUCCUUCAACUGCAGCAGAAGCCUGGUCGCUUGUUUCUAAGAGAUUUGCUGGAGUGGAAGGAGUUUGAUGAAAUUCAGGAAGUACGUCAGAGUAUCAAACUUGAUGCCCAUUACUAUAGCCUAGUGUUUGCUGCUAACAAAGGUUUAUCCUGGCAAGCUGUGGCAGAAGUAGGAAAAUUGACAGGGGAGCUAUUGCAGGAAACCCAAGGUGUUACCCUGUUGCAAGCCAUCAGAAUCCUUAAAGAGAAACUGACUGCCUUUCCGGUUCAGCUCUCCUCUUUCCAUCAGUCUGCUGUGUUUGAUUACUUUUCAAACACAUUUCUCAAGCAUUAUUGGCUGUACCAGUUUGUGAUGACUCGGGAGAGAGAUCGCAAUCAGACAUUUGCCAUUCUUGAGAUCUGUGCUCCCCCCAGUCCCCCUCCUUUGAGUGAAGGCAUAGAUAUUGAAAUGUGGAACUACCAGCAACAAUUAGCUGCCCUCUGUGCAGCUGAAGAAGAAAAACAGGCCAGUAUAUUGCAUAUCCGAGAAACUUUGCUUGCAGAGCGGGAACAUCUGCUCAGGGAAGUGUACCAAAGGGUCAGAAGACAAACACAGACCCUUAACACAGAGACACUAACAUCUUUAGUCAAUGAAGUAAUUAAAACACAGAUCAAGAACCUGCAUCGUAUUAUUCAACAUGAGAUCCAGGCUACCUUUGAAAUCUUGGAACUAAAGCUUCAGAAAAAGGCCUUGAUGUUCAAUUCACCUGCUCCAUACCCACCUCCGUUCUGUCCUGACUUGCGAGGGAAAAAAUCAAGCAAACUUCAAAAGAAGACACAGGACAACUCUUUAGAAAACGAAGACAAAAUGGACCAAAAGAAGAAAAAGAAAUGA